GAGUGCGUUGGCGCAUCAUCCGCGUCGGCGUGUCAAGUAUGCUUUAUGUCAGUCGGGUUAGCGGCGAGUUUUAGGUUAAUCGACGAGACCGGGCGAGAGCGCGGUGUGUGUCCAAAGUGCCAUUAAGUAGUCGUCCGACAAUUUUUCUAUCGACGACACCGCGCUCUCCGACGAGGAAACGUGUAGUCGAACGGUUAAAUGACAGACGAUUAUGGCAACGCCCACUUGUGAUAAGAAAGCGAGGGUGAUCGUUUUAGGAGGAUGCGGUUUCAUCGGACGUCAUCUUGUGGAAUAUCUGCUGGAUAAUGAUCUGGUUUCGUACGUGCGAGUCGUGGACAAGGUGCCGCCGCAGACCGCGUGGCUCAACGCAAAGCACCAGCAAGUGUUCGAGAACCCUUUGCUCGAAUUCAAAAGCGCUAACUUGAUUAACAUAGCAUCCUGCCAAAACGCAUUUUCAUCUGACGAGCCUAUCGAUUAUGUGUUCAAUUGUGCUGGCGAGACAAAGAGCGGCCUCACAGAUCCGGUGUAUAAAGAGGGAAUUUACAAAUUGAGCGUGAAUUGCGCUCAACUAGCAGCCAAGAUUAAAGUCUCGCGUUAUGUGGAGAUAUCUUCUGGCAAUCUUAAUAUCUCUGAAAAGACUCCUCAUAAGGAAGAGGACGCUGGAGAACCAUGGACGUUUGUCACGAAAUAUAAGUUACAAGUAGAACACGAAUUGAAGAAUAUACCAGAUUUGAAAUAUACUAUACUCAGACCAGCCAUUGUAUAUGGUUGCGGUGACAGAAAUGGCUUAGCACCGAGAUUAGUAGUGGGCGCAGUUUAUAAGCAUUUAGGAGAGAUGAUGAAAUUACUCUGGGGACCAGAACUUCAUAUGAAUACGGUUCAUGUAAGAGACGUCGCGAGAGCUAUCUGGUAUGUGGCCAACAGACCAGAAACAAUAGGCCAGACAUAUAAUCUCGUCGACGAGGGAGAUUCCACUCAAGGUUCCAUAAGUGCCAUAGUCUCAGAACUGUUCAAUAUCAACCACGAUUAUUGGGGCACGACGCUAUCAACGCUGGCUAAAACUGAUAUGAACUCUGUUGUUGAAGAAGUAAAUGACAAACACAUGGGCCCCUGGGCAGAAGCAUGUCGCAAGGAUGGAGUGGAAAACAGCCCUCUCUCGCCCUACAUAGAUCAAGAGCUUUUAUAUAAUAAACACUUAUUUUUAAAACCUGGAAAGCUUUCGAACACCAUAGGAUUUACAUACCUGUAUCCUAAAUUAACGAAAGAGGCCCUUACAGAGGUACUCAAUGACUAUGUAAGCAUGAAAAUCUUCCCAUAUUCUUUGGUCCUGUAAACUUUAGCAAUAUCGACUGCCGAAUUCAAAUAUAUCGACAAGCUUAUGAUAAUUUUAUAAAUAUCAGAUACAUACGGACGCCAAGCGCCGUUUCACCGUGUGCCUAGAAAAAGGUUCUAUACAUGUUAUAUACAUUCUAUUACACGUGACGCUUGACCUGCGCCAAGAGAUAAUACUAAAUAAAUUUAUAGAAAAGCGCAUAUAUCUGGAAUUCGAAGAUUUCGUAGACUGGCCUAUCGCCAAUGUGAUAAAAUAGCAAUUAAUGUACUUAAUUAUACCAAGUUAAUUUUCAAAGUACAGAACUUUUUCGCACCUUUUUUGAAAGGUCACGCUAGUCAAACUCUUAAGAAUAAUUCGGAACAAUGUUAAGAUCUUGUGCACGAAAAUAGGUAUAUAUAUAUAUAUAUAUAUAUAGGUAUAUAUAUAUAU